ACUCCCCCCUGUGGACUGCACCGCUGUACGGCCUGUGGUCGGGACAACACCUCCGAGCCAAACAAUUACAUCAAGGUCAUGGAGAGGAGGAAUUUUGUGCCGAUUAGUGCAGGAGUCCAGCAGCAAACUGUAAAAAACAGUACUUGUUGGUUUGACAGCUGAGACUACUCAAUUACUCCAAAUAAUAAACGGACCUGAGCGUUAGUGGCAUAACUAUAUGUUCCAAACGCUACAGGAGUGCAUGACGUUUUGUCAACAUCGACUGGAAAACGCAGAAUAAUAAUCUUAGAGGAUAUUUUUUAAUAAUUCACUCAAAUAGAGACUUGUACAAACCACACAGGGAGACUGAAGUAUCGGUAGAUUGUUGGUGUCUCUUCCUUUUCCCUGCAAUCGAAACUGGGACCAUUUGCCUGCCAGAGGUCGGCUCUAAAAACCAGGGUCAUGCUGUUCGGGGAAAAACACUUUUAGCAGGUUAUUGCCUUUAAAAUGAACUCCACAGAGGGAUGAAGAUUAAAGAAAAAAUAAAAAUGAAAGUAAGCCUAUUGUUCUUUCCACUCUUACUUGCAGAAUCCAAGAAGCAUGUUUAAGGGAUUUAGUAAAAGUAAUCCUAUUACUUUCUCAUCCUCAAAUCCUCAUUUAACAGUUAUUGUCACAAAAAGUAUUGGUAUUUUUUUGUAAUUUCUAAUAACUCUUUUUAAGUUAUUAUCCAUCAAGUUGGAAUAAGUUAACCUGUGAAAAUGUCAUUUUGUAAAAUAAAAAGAUAAAGAGAAAACAAAAAAAACGGUGUGUGGAUGACGUAAGCUUAAUGACAAAUCCGUCAGGUCUUUUUGAAAAAAAAUUCUGCGAGCCACGAGUCACUUGUUGACACUAAACUUGCAGCACUUCUAAAGUGUUUAUUACUAAAUCAAUUUCUUUUAGAGAGGGUUGCUUUUUACAAGCGCACGCGGCUCUUCGUUGUUUUGGUUUGACACUUUGAUGCAGAAAGUUCAACAAGUUCUGACAUGCUCACAAUCAGUGCUCAAACACACGUUAAUCGUGCUAUUUAAAUUAGGGUGUAUAAUUAUUAUUUAUUUUUUUUACAACAAUGAGCAGUUGUGCUGAUAAAGUAGAGGCCCUCAAUUAACCCUGCAUUUACCUAAGUUAACCAACUUUACCAAAGUUAAAAUAAAAUGAUUUUGUUUUAUUUUAACUUUAAUAAAGCAUCAUAUGUACUUAAUCACAUUGUCAUUGUAUUUUUUCCUUCGCAUUGUCUUCAUUGGUAUUCCUUCUAACUUGUUUUUAACUUAUUUCCUGUCGUUUUCAAUUCCAGCUCCAAUGCGCAAUUACGCACGAGCAAUAUAAGUGUGAUCGUGCCUUGCUUGAAAAUAUAGGCCUACCUUGAAAUACCACGCGGCCAGCAGUCAGAUGUGGUAUCGAUGCAUAUUGAUAUGGAGAUGUGGCUCUGUAGUGGGACAUAAAGAGGGGUGUGACCAUGUCUUAACUUUUCUUCAAUGGGCUACCUGUAGCGUCUCCGCGCUGCGCAUAAAUACUCCUCCCUCUGAGGUUGAGCUCAGUCCUGAGGGAGAGACUCACUCUGAAAUCAAGUUUUGGGAAUUAGGUCCGGUGCGGAUUAUGAACACUUUUGGACACCAACCAGCCAACCAGCAGACCAGCCCCAUUCAGCACCACAGCGCGCAAGAGCUCCUGGACAUGGCCGUGUACUGCGAUAACUACGGUGUGUACCAACAGAACCUGCACCACCACCACCCUCAGAGGCCGCCCACACACCCCUCCAACUACGGCCUUGGAGAGUACACCUCACCGUCCGCGAACCCCUACCUGUGGCUGAACGGUCCUGGCAUCAACUCAUCUCCGUAUCUCUCUGGGAACAACGGCACCUCCUACAUCCAGUCUGGAUACGGUUCCAACCAGAGGCAGUUCUUACCGCCUCCUCCAACCGGGUUUGGUGGAGCAGACCUGGGCUGGCUGUCCAUAUCCAGUCAGCAGGAGCUCUUCAAGAUGGUCAGACCACCUUACUCCUACUCAGCUCUGAUAGCCAUGGCCAUACAGAACGCCACGGAUAAAAAGUUAACCCUGAGUCAGAUCUAUCAGUAUGUGGCUGACAACUUCCCUUUCUACAAGAAGAGCAAAGCUGGGUGGCAGAAUUCAAUCCGGCAUAACUUGUCUCUGAACGACUGUUUCAAAAAAGUGGCACGGGACGAGGAUGACCCUGGUAAAGGGAACUACUGGACGCUCGACCCAAACUGUGAGAAAAUGUUUGACAACGGCAACUUCAGGCGAAAAAGGAAGAGGAGAUCGGACAUAACCGGCCCUGACAGCACCUCUCUCCCGGUGAAGUCCGAGGACAGCCCGAGCAACAAGCUCUCCGACACCGCCAGCCUCCUCAGCUCUUCCCCGCCUAGCCUGCACAGCUCCCCGGCCUCCACGGAGCACAAGUCGUCGCCGUCUCCCUCCGCGGAGCACAGCCCGUGUUACGGCAGUUUUGUAUCCAGCGUUAAUGCACUGUUGGCGGGCAGCGGCAGCGGCAGCGGCAGCGACGUGACCCGGGGAGGAGGAGGAGGUGGAGGAGAACGGGACUUCGGCUCUGUGCAUCACGGCGGACUGAGUCAGAGCAGAGAGGGGGGCAUGUCCGGACUGAGCUCCUACUCACCCACUUUAAUCACCCCUUUGAAUUCUGAAAACAACAGAAUGAACUAUUACACAUCAGUACAGAGCCUCUCCAACCAUUUCAGUGUUAAUAACCUCAUAUACAACCGGGAAGGAACCGAGGUGUAGCCUUUAAAAGUAGUAUAAAUAUCACUCAAGUUGGCAUUCACAUUUCUAAACUUAAUUUCUGUAAUUCUGACAUAGUCAGGUUGGGUAGGCCUCAUUUUUGGAACCAAGCUUUCCCUCCUAAUCGUGAGAAAAACAGCAUUUCAGAGCCUAAAAAGGAAUAUCCAAUAUCUCAGUUUGUCUGAAACCUCACAGCAAACAUGUUUAAUUGUAGAUAAUUAUCAUUGUGUAUUGUUCUACAGUUUUUUGUAUACUUAUUGUAGCUGCUUCGUGUCUUCAUAAAAAAAGAAGACACUCAUGUACAGAAAUUAUUUUCAUACGAAGAAACGUCAUGUAUUUUAGACUAAAUUGUGUUUUUUAUGUAUUAUUUAAA